AUGGGUGAGCGAACUUACCACGGAGCCCAAGCGUGCUCUGGCACCAACCCCAGAAAGUGCCAGGACCUAGGAGACUCAAUUCUUCUGAUCCUGGGCAGCUUCAUCUUGCUCAACGUGGGGAUCAAUGUGGUGACUCUGCUCUGGAAACACCUGAAGAACUCCUUGCGGACUCUCUUCCGUCAUUUUUUCCCCAGAGACAAGCAAUCCAGCUAUGCAGGCAGCCAUCCCAUGUGCAUGCGUUGCUCCGUGGAUCCCAAGAACCUAUGCUCAAGAGUCCCGCCCCACUUCCACUGCCGCCCAAGCUUCCUGCUUGGGCACCCUAACCACCUGGACUCCCGGAUACCAGACACGAACGAUGAGAAGGCUUCUAAGUGCUGCUGGAUGCCGCCUCAGUGUGGACAUGCCGGGGCUCCCAUGGAGGUGCCAUGGGGACUGUGGAAGGAGGGGCUCAUGGGAGCUGGGGAGGACCCUCAGAUCACAGCCUUAAAGGCCCAAGCCACCUUCUACUCUAAGCAGGAGACAUCUUCCAAGUUCCGUAGGAUGAGCAAGGUGGACAUGGUUCCACUGCGCCUGCCCCAAGAGAGCAAGACUAAGACCACAGACCACAACCCAGCCCAGGCCCAGACCCACUCCCCAGUCCAGUCCCCUGGUCAUGCUCCUGCCAAGGCCCAGACCUUCUCCCCAGCCCACCCCCCUGAGCCCACCCCAGCCCAUACCCAGACCCACGCCCCCAUUUACCCCCCUGAGCAUGCCCCACCUCAGGCCCAGACCGACUCCCUAGCCCUGGGCCCUGAGCACAACUCUGCCCAGGUCUGUGGUCCGGAGCACACCUCAGCCUAUACCCUGGACCACGCCCCCUCACAGGGCCCAGCCCAGUGCGAGGACCACACCCUUACCCACACUCUGACCCAUGCUCAUCUAACUUAUACCCAUGCCCAAACUCUGACCCCUCCCCCAGCUUCUGCCCCAGUCCCUCCCCCAGCUUCUGCCCCAGUCCCUCCCCCAGCUUCUAUUCCAGUCCCCCCUCCAACUUCUGUCCCAGUCCCUCCCCCAACUUCUGCCCCAGCCCCUCCCCCAACUUCUGCUCCAGUCCCUCCCCCAGCUUCUACCCCUGCUGCUACUUCUGCUCCAGCCCCUACACCAGCCCCUGUCCCCAUGUCUGCCACAACCCCUGUCCCUGCACUGGUCAUGGCCCUGCCAACCACUCCAGUCCCUUCCACACCCCCUUCCUCUGUCCUAACUUCUAUUCCCUCUGCUUUGUCUGCCUUCAGCCAAGGCCUCUCCACUGGCCAUGUGGUCUAUGAUGCCCGCAGGGUAAAGCAGAACUUAUUCCAUGUAUGUGCCCCUCAGAACUCUGAGUAUUCCAGAAAGGACUUAGAUACACUCUCCAGGCUCCAAGAGGGGCAUGGCCUGGUGAGCUCUGGUACAGCUGAGCAAACAUUGAAGCAAUGUAGUGAGGACAGUGCCAAGCCCUUCACAGGAUCCGUAUUGGGUUACCUGGAGUUGGGGAACAUGGAAUGGAAGCUUUCAAAUGAUCCCAAGGAUGAAUCUGUGCAGCCCAAGACCUUCCCUUACUGCAGUUUCCACCCUUACAGUUCUGAGAAGCAAAACAUGGACUCCCAGACUCCAGUCUACCCCAAAUUCCUGGUGUACUCCAAAGAUGCUACACCUUAUCAACCUUGCUUCCAUGUUCCAACCUGUGCCCAGAACUCAGUGGGUACUGUGCCUCCACCCUGCACUCUUUCUCUGCCUCUCAUUUCUCCCAGAUCCUUUGUUCUUCAUCAACACAGCAACCACCAGAAGCCCUCCACCUUAAUACAGACCCCCAAAUUUCCCCCAACCUCCAAGUCUCCUCAGUCUGUCCUCUCUUCCCAGGGUCCCAUCCCUCAUCAGUUCUCCACUACUUCCCAAACCCCAAACCAGCCCCAGCCCCCUGAACUUCAUGAGAAUCUAGGCCUCAACCAAGACCAUGGUCUCCAGAGGACCCCAGGCCCUUCAAAAGACACUAGAGCUUCCAGAAAGCCAGAGCUUACCCCGAAUCCAAACCUUCACAUGAACCCAGGCUUUACCCAAGACCCAGGCCUCCACAAGAGCCCAGGCCUUGCUCAAAACCCAGGCCUCCACAAGAGCCCAGGCUUUACCCAAGACCCUUAUCUCUGCAAGAAUCCAAGCCUUUCCCAAGACUCUGACUUUCACAAAGAUUCAGUCAUUACACAAGAUUCUUGCUCCCAGAGUUUAAGUUCUACUCAAGAGGGAAGUUUACUUAGAAGCCCAUAUCUCACCCAACCUUCUGGUAUCCACAAGAACACACCAUUUCUUCAAACUUCUGACAUUCAGAGAAGCUCGGGCUUUAGGCAUGACUCUGGAGUCUGUAGAAAUCUAGAACAAAACCAAGGGACUGUACUCUAUAGAAGUCAAGAGCUCUCCCAAAAAACUGGCCUCCAUAGUAUCCCACACCCUUCUCAAGAUGCUGGAUGUUACAAGAGUACAGGUAAUGCCCAACAUCCAGGAGUCUCUAGGAGUCUAGGCUUUACCCAAGAUUCUGAACCACAGAAGAGUCCAUGCUUUGUCCAAGACUCUGGAAUCAACAAGAACUCAGGCCUUACCCAGGAAUCCGGUCCCCAUAAGAACCCAGGCUUUGUGCAAACCCCUGGCCUCUAUAAGGACUCAGGAGACUACAAUAAUCCAGGCCUUACUCAUGAUUCUGGAGUUUACAGGAGCCAAGAUCUUACUCAAGAUUCUGACCUCCAUAAGGAUCUGGGCCUUACCCAAGUCACUGAAGUCAAAAGAUGUGACGUUCCCCAAGAUGCUAGAGUUUACAGGAGCCCAGAACAUUGCCACAACCCUAACCUCCACAAGUACCCAGGAGUUACUCAACAUCCUGGCCCCCAGAAGACUCAGGACUUUAUCAAGGGGUCAGGCUUUGUCCCCAAUCCUGUCCUCCACAAGAACCUGCUGGGAACUGACUGUGUCCAAGUUUUGGGCCCACUUCAGACCCCAAAGUCAUUUAUAUCUGAGAAGAUUCCUCGAAGGCAUGAUGCUGGGCAGCAUAUUCCAGGGCCUUCUGUCCCACCUAGCCAGACCUCCUCCCCCGCCAAGGCCCAGGUGGUCUACAAUGACCAACAAACCUUCUCAGAGGUGCCUGUGCUGAUAGAGCUGCAACCACCCUCCCGGCGAGCAGGCAGCCAAGACUGGGUGUACCGUCCCAUGGACAUAGCUCUUGCAGCCUCCCAGAACUAUCGCCAGAUGUCUAUGCCUCCCAAAACCAACUGGAAGCCCCACUGCCCAGGGUCAGGCACCCGGGUAGGGCAUGUGGUCUUUGACGCCCGCCAGAGACAGUUGGGAGCAGGCAGGGACAAAUGCGAAGCAUUGUCUCCCAGGCGCCUUCACCGAGAGAUAUCCAACAACUCACCAGAGAUGGCCAAGGCGUGGGGAUAUCAGUGUGUGAUGAGAAACUUAGAAAAAGAGGGGACAAAUGUGCAUGAAGAAUAA